AUGACUGAGACCAGGAAAACAGACGUGUUCAUUAGCGGUGGCGGGCCUACUGGCUUGCUUACUGCGUGUGCACUUGCUAAACAGGGUGUGGACACCUUACUCGUUGAGCAACAUGACAAAGCUGAACAAGCCAUGUAUGGUCGAGCAACAACUCUCCAUCCGCGCACGCUUGAGUUGCUGGACCAAUUGGGCAUAUUAGACGACCUGGACCAAAUCGGUUACGUGGCCCGCGAUAGUGUGACUUACCGAGAUGGCAAGCGGGUGACGGCCCGAGGUUGGGAAAUUAUGUACCAGCAUAUGCGUGGUACGUUCCUGGACUACUGUCUGAAUAUUCGCCAGAAGUACUCCGAGGAGGUGAUACGAGAUGCAUAUGUAGCGCUUGGAGGCGAGCCGUACAUCGGAUGGAGACUAGAUGGCUUCGACGUCGAGAAGGCCUGUGGUGACGAUUAUAAGGUCGUCUCACAUGUAACAGAAGCUAGCUCGGGUAGGAGACUGACGGUGAGGAGUAAAUUCAUCGUUGGCGCGGAUGGCAGCCAUUCGCUUGUGAGACGUCUCGCUGGCAUUUCGUUUGAAGGCGAUCACACCAACUUCAGAUGGGUACGAAUCGAUGGGCGCUUCAAGACUGAUAUGCCCGAUGCUGAUAUUGGCUUCGCUUCCAUUGAAUCCAAAAGCCAUGGGAAUGUGCUAUGGGUUCAGUUAGAUCAUGGUGUGAAGCGGAUCGGAUUUGCUAUGACACAGGAAUUGCUUGCCAAAUACGGGGAUAAGCUUACACUUGAAGAUGCGAAGGUGGAAGCUGUCAAGUCUAUGGAACCUUUUACAUUGGAAUUUGAAACCAUUGACUGGUGGACUUUAUAUGGCAUCAAUCAGCGUGUAGCAGAGUGCUUUUAUAACAACGACCGAGUGUUACUAGCAGGAGACGCCUGUCAUACACACUCAUCUGGGACAGCACAGGGCAUGAAUACAGGCGUUCAUGAUGCAGUGAACCUAGCCUGGAAGCUCGGCGGCAUCGUGAAAGGUUGGUAUAGUAUCGAUGUGCUUCGCAGCUAUGAUAGAGAGCGGCGUGCUGUAGCGCAAUAUCUAAUCAACCUUGACAAGGAUUUCUCAGCUACCAUCUCGGGGACCGUCCCUGACAGGUACAGGGAUCUAUCAUUAAGCUCGAAUGAGCUAUUUGCCAAGGUCUUCGAUGAUACAAUUGAUUUUUGUAUCGGAUUAGGAGUUCACUAUGACGAGAGUGUCAUAAACAAGCCUUCCUUGGCGACAGCAAUAUCAGCGGGCUGGAGAGCUCCAGAUGCUUUGAUAUAUGCUCCUGGAUCACGACUACCGAUUCGAUUGCUCCACCUGAUGCCGAACAUUGGUGCUUGGUCAAUUCUUUUACUGGCUGGUCAUCCUCAGAAGACUGGGGAGAGACUCACCCGUGCCGUGGAGACAGUGAAACAGCUUAGCGAGUGCCUUCCUCGCAGCAUGGCUCGGUCUAUAACUUUGGUUGCUCAAAGACCUGCUGGAGGAGACCAAAGGUUCAGUAUUCCGACAAUCGGUCGACUCUACUACGACCCAGAGGGCUCGGCCCAUGCCGCCUAUAGGGUGUCUGAUAGCAACGGUGCAGUCGUCAUCAUUCGACCUGAUGGGAUCUUGGGGUAUGCAGCACAAUUUGACGAGGCGAAUAGCGUUCAAGAAUAUUUUGCCGGCUUCAUUAACACCCACUGA